CAACUGAGGUAUGUCACCAAGUGCCCAUGUUCACAGGUGAGGUCUGCUAACUAUUUGGAGGUGCACAAAGUUGUGGAUGAUCUGCGCAAGUAUACAUGCGACGCCAUGGCGGGACAGGAGAUUCAUUCCGACUACAAGGCUAUGAAGAAGGCCACGGAAAUGGCCAAACGUAGCGACACCUUCUUCACCACCUGCAUUGGAGCAGGUAUUGGGUUAAUUCGCUCAAACUUCUUUGACAUCGUCACGGUUGAUGAGGCUUCUCAACAAACAGAGCCGAGUUCGCUAGUCCCACUUGUGAAAGGCUGCUCACAGGCAAUUUUGGUUGGAGACCAUGUACAGCUACGGCCGACUAGACUCUACACCAAAAUUAAGUACUCCAAGGGCAACGGAGGCUUGAGGGCGUUGGUGUUGGACACGCAGUAUCAACCCGAGAGCCCGUCGCACUCAAUCGUGGUCUUAACACCAUAUACUCCCCAAGCCGAAGUCCUCAAGCGCAUGCUCUCUAGUAUAUCCUACCGAAUCGAAGUCUCGAGUAUCGAUGGGUUUCAGGGUCGUGAGGCGGACGUCAUCGUGUUUGUGACCGUGCGAUGUAAAGAGCACCGUGAGAUCGGGUUCUUGAAGGACAUGCGAAGGAUGAAUGUUGCUCUGACUCGGGCAAGAUCAGCGCUUAUCGUUGUAGGAAGCCGGGUGACGUUAACCGAGGGGACGGCAGAUGAGGAGAGUGCGAGUAUGUGGAGGAGGUUGCUUGGGAGUCUCACGGAGGUAAAGUUGGAGGUUCCCGUCAAAGGGCUCAGUCAAGAAGGGCUGAUCUUGAGACUAGCGGUAAACGGAAAAGGUAGCUUCCGCGGAAACGUCGGACAAGCCCCCAAAAGUCCUCUUCACGAAAUAGUGCUAAACGCGGAAACGGGUAUCUCAUAA